UUUUCCUAAAUUGACGUACUUUAUUUAUUAUGGCGCCGCCGCUUUCAAAAAGUGGCGCGCAUAAUUCCUUAGCCAGAUUCCUUUUCAUUAUCGCGGUUAUCAGCCUGUCAUUUACAUCGUGCUACAAAUUUGAAAACGAAUCUGUCGAGCCCGACGUCUCCCUACAUCAUGGCAACAUCCUGAGUCCCUUGCUAAAGGCUCUGUCAGAGCAAGAUCCAUGGGGUGACUUUACACCACGAACCAAACCUGACUCCAGAUAUGUGCGCUACAUGAAGAGACUGUAUAAAUUAUCAUCGAAACACGACAGGAGUCACGAGGCCUCUCACCUGUACAACACCGCUCGUCUGAUCACACCUCGAGAGGAGUGUCUCGAACAGAACCGAGAAUUUUUCAUGCAGGAUAUCUCCUACAGUCUAAACCGAGUGAGGUCUCAAGAGCAGUUACUGAAGUCAGUCCUGCUUUACUCCUUCGACCAUAACCACAUUGCCCCCAUCACAUCGCUCUGUUAUCUCGUUGUGAAGGAACAGGAACCGUCUAAGGGUCACAUGUGUUCUCACCAUCUCAGAUCACACCACUCGGUCCCCCUGCUCAGCUUCCGCGUCCACACAGAGAGAAGGGUCCAUCGCCGUUGGGUGGAAGUCGAUGUCACUUCCUUUCUCCAUCCUCUCAUUCAGGCCCAUAAGAAGGACAUCCAUCUGCUUAUAAACUUGACCUGUGUUGAAGAUAUGAUCCCUAGACCUGGAGGCCAGAUCCAUAAGAGCCCAGUGGAGUUAACUCACAGGUCUCCAUCUCUUCUUCUGUAUCUAAAUGAUACCAGUGAGGUCGCCUUCCAGAGAAAGGCCACACAGACUAGAAUGGUAGACCUAACAUCAAACCACUGGGAUGGAAAGUCCAGAUCGUGGGAGUCAACCUCACGCAAGAGACGUGGGGCCUUAAAGAGUACCAAUGCAAGUCCAGAAACUAGCUUGCCAGAUCUCCCAAUGUAUGACUUUCCAACAGAUGACUGUGACCUCUAUGAUUUCAGAGUGAGCUUCAGUCAGCUCAAAUUGGACCACUGGAUUAUAGCACCUCAUAAAUACAAUCCGAGGUACUGUAAGGGAUCUUGCCCAAGGGUUGUGGGGUUUAUUUAUGGGUCACCUGUACAUACAAUGGUUCAGAAUAUAAUUUACGAGAAGCUAGACUCCUCGAUACCCAGGCCUUCAUGUGUACCAUCAGAAUAUAAUCCCUUAAGUGUUUUGACCAUUGAGAAUGAUGGCUCUAUUGCCUAUAAGGAAUAUGAGGAGAUGAUUGCUACUAAAUGCACCUGUCGCUAAAGAUAAAUAAUUUGACGAAUCUAUUUUUUUGUGAUACAUUGCUUUGUAAAACACUGACCUAUUUUUUGCAGUAGCCAUUCUUAUUAUGCAGAUGAUAAAUUACUUGACGACCACAUAUAUCAGAAAAGUUGUGUAAAAAUUUUUUGUUCAACAUUACUUUUCUUAUCUGAUUCUGAUAAUGUUAAGAAUUUUCUAAUGUAUUCUGCAUUUCAGUUGUUUUUGUGUUCCGAUAUUUUCUCAGACACAAUUUAUUUGUUUAAUACUUUUGUAGCAGAGUAUUUGAUUAGCUUGAAGGAUUUUGGUUUUUUUUGUUUUUGUUUUGUUUUUUUUUUGGUGGUGGUCUUCUCUUGCACUUUCUAGUCUUUAACAUGAAUGGCAAAAAUUUUAAAGCUUCUAGUUCUGGACAGGAUAUGAAAAGUGUAGUUCUAUUGUCUUAUCAGAACACUUUUACAUUGUUUUUUAAUACCUGGGAAUUGAAGAUGGUUGUCUCAUGGGCAACCUCUCUCUUCUUGAUGUCCAGAAAAUAAGUUGCCCUUUAAUUGUGGGCAACUUGAUAUUGAUAUGUCUGUAUUAACUGUUUGAAAGUAGAUUAGAAUGUGUAUCACUUGCCUAUUUAUGUAAUUUAUGUCUGUGUAAUUUGGUCAGGUUGGCUUUAGUUUCACAAAAAAAUUGU